ACAGACGACGGCGAUUGUUAAUGCAUUUUUUUUUUUUUUAAACCCACGAAGCAUGCCCUACAGCGCGAACACGACUCGCUGUUGCAUUAAAAUGCAUUAAAACCACGUUUGACCCAGUGAUUAAUAACGCUAAUAAAUGCGAGCGCUUCCAGAUGCGCCUCAGUCGUCCUCAGCGCGCGCGGGGCACGCGCACUGCUCUCCUCCUCCAGCGCUGUCAAACCGAAUCACGUCCGUCGCCGCAGCACGCUCGCCGCUCGUAUCCGCGCGCGCAGGUCGGCUUCUCCGUGUUCCAGCGUCCGCUCCCAUCUCCAUGGCCACAUCAGAUGCAUCGGAAGAUUGCGUUGUGCAGAGAGGAAGAUCUCAGAGCGACCCGAGCAUCCUCGCCGACACUCGCGUCGCUUACACGAACAGCGCAGAUGUGAUGGAUCAGCACCGAGCGCUUCACCCUGGGUGUCUGGUGUCAGGGGUCCGAACUCCCCCCAUCCGCCGCAACAGCAAACUGGCCAGCCUGGGACGCAUCUUCAAGCCCUGGAAGUGGAGGAAAAAGAAAAACGAAAAACUGAGACAGGGCUCUACAGGGCUGGAGAGGAAAGCGCCCAGCAGGCAGAAUCGAGACGAUCUCGUCAGGAAAGGGCCGGCAGAGGUUGGCAUGGAGGCGUGUGGCGUGGGUCCAGACGAGGCCGGAGAUCCCGCGCUGGACGAGUCCGACGGAGACGAGUGUGAAGACGAGCCCAUGGCACCGCUGGCCAGCAACACCGAGGACCUGGGGUCAGACGAGGACAAUCUGUCUGCAGCGCGAGACGCCACAGAGACGAUAGACACAGAAGGGGAACUCGAACAAAGUGAGGACGAGGAGAAGCCCUGCGUCGACGCCGCGAGCAGAGGGGCCAGCGCGGGGCCCCCGGAGGCCCCCGAGUGUCAUGAGCAGAAAAAAGAGGAGGCGGCGCUCAGAGAAAUCCACACUCCUCCGGCCAGACUUCCUGUGAAGCUGCUCACCAGACUGGGCAGCCUCGACAGCACCCACUCGAACCCGAGCCGGCCCGCUCCGGCCACGCUGCCCAGGAACUUCACCCUGCCCAAAGACGCCCUGCGGGGCCGCAUCUCGACCCCCACGGGCUCCCCUCACUUAGGCCUGAUGCACCCUCAGCUGCCCCCUAGCUGUAUCAUCGAGGAACUGCAUCGCGCUCUGGCCUCCAAACACCGGCAGGACAGUUUCCACGGUAAGGAGAUCCGUAGCUCUCCCAGGCGGCGCUCGGACGGCCGUCUGUCCCGCACCGCCAGCACUGAGAAUGAGCCGAGCGAAGAGGUGCAGAACAAGAAGGAGGCGGAAGAGAACAAGGAGAACAUGCGUCUGGACGAAUACUACAGCGACCAGGACAGCUGGAACGAGUCCGUCAUCUCCGGUACACUUCCACGACGAAUGAGGAAGGAGCUUCUGGCAGUAAAGCUGCGGAACAGACCCAGCAAACAGGAGCUGGAGGACAGGAACAUCUUCCCUGUGCGCAGUGAUCAGGAACGCCAGGAGAUCCGGCAGCAGAUCGAAAUGAAGCUGGCCAAGAGACUGAGUCAGAGACCCGCGGUGGAGGAGCUGGAGAGCAGGAACAUCCUCAAACAGAGAAAUGACCAGACGGAGCAAGAGGAGAGAAGGGAAAUCAAGCAGAGGCUAAACAGAAAGCUGAAUCAGCGGCCCACCGUCGACGAGCUGCGGGACAGAAAGAUUCUGAUCCGUUUCAGUGACUAUGUGGAAGUGGCCAAAGCUCAGGAUUACGACAGAAGAGCAGACAAGCCCUGGACGAGACUAUCUGCUGCAGAUAAGGCGGCGAUACGCAAAGAGCUGAACGAGUUCAAGAGCAACGAAAUGGAGGUUCAUGCGUCAAGCAAACACCUGACAAGGUUCCAUCGACCAUAGCAAGGUUUCUUCUGUGAAGAAUAUGCUAACGGUAUCUCUGUGAAGUCAAAGACCUCAGGAGGCUGUCCAUGGCUGCUCCAUGGAGGGCCUGAUAUUUGGGCGCUAGUGAACCUUGGAGGCUAUGUCUCUGGAGCUUCAGCCUGAAGAAGCCAAAACCCUCCAUACUCCACUCAGUCCAGCUGCAAGUCUGUAGAUUACCGAACCAUUAUUCUUUAUCAGGGGCCUCUGGUGGGACGGUGGAAGACUGUUUGAAAAAAAAAGACAUUUGACUUUUUCGUUUUUUGUAAUGGACUGUUUUAAGCGGUCGCCUUUUUGAUGGGUGGGUGGGGGGUAAUGGGGGUCAAGCAUGUGAUUUUUUCGCACCUUUUUCCCACACCAGUGUCGGUGCUCUAGUGACACCCCAAGCGUUUCUGGGCUCCUACUAAAACUUGAGUUUCAUAUCAGCUGUAUAGAUGUUAGUAUGAUGAACGGGAAUCAUGUCUUACCUUUGCAAGGACUAUUUAUUGUCUGUACAGUACAAGCUUUGGAUUUUUAACAAA